AGCAAGCAAGCAAUCACUUUCCUGCAAAGAGGCUCCCCCAACCCAGGACAGCCUGCACCAAAGAGCCCGGAGGACCCCGCGCCAGCACCGUCAAAGGAAAAUCCCAGGCCCGAGGGUGCCCUUUCUAGGAAGCGCCACUCUCUCUCUCUCUUUAACCCUUUCUUGGCAGAGCAGGGGGAGAUCUGGGCGGCUUGCGAGGCCGCUGCUCUCCAGCCUCCGAGAAAUCGGGAGCGCGGGAUCCUCCCGUUUGCGCGCCUGGCUUUGGAGAUCGGCGUGCCGGAUUGAGAGGGGCUCGGUUGCUGAAAAGACUUCUGGUUGUGUGUAAAGUUUCCAGUUUUCCAGGAAGAAAAAUUCCUUGUCUCCCAAGAUGGCGCAGGGGAGUUCUUCCUGCCAUCCGGCUCCAAUCAAUGAAACAUACUUUGCAGAUCGGGAAAGUCCUUUGAAUUUGACCAGAGCAGCAUUUAAGCACAGAAGGAAAAUAGACACACAACACACAGCAAGGAAAGGAGAAAGAAGAGGCCCCAGUGUUGUACUGAACGAAACUGCUGCGAAAUUCAUGGAAAAAAACAAUCAAUACACCCUGGAAGGGGAAACUACCAGUGGGGUUCUACAAACUUACUUUUUCAAGGAAUUCUGCUGCCAAGAGACUGACGGGCCCCGAGAACUUUGUAGCCGACUCCACCAUAUUUAUCGUCAACAGCUAAAGUUAGAAACGCACACAAAGGCUCAGAUACUGGACCUUCUGGUCCUGGAGCAGUUCCUGGCUGUCCUUCCUCCAGAGAUGACAAGCUGGGUCCGGGAGUGUGGAGCUGAGACCUGUUCCCAGGCAGUGGCCCUGGCCGAAGGCUUUCUCCUGAGCGAAGCAGAGGAGAAGAAGCUGAAGACACAGGAGCCCUUCGUUGAGAUGGCCGUUGAACACUGUAAUAAAUAUCCUCCGCAGGAGCUGGUCUUUGGUGGGAUCUCCCAGGAGAAACCAUUUCUGGACCCAUCUGCAGCAAAUGGUACAACAGUGAUGCUACCUAUGGAAACGUCUCUUCACGAUAGUGGAACAGAAACAGUGGUUGUACUUCCAACUCAGGGAGGAGUAAGAUCUUCUAGCACCAAGCAGGUGAUGGACAACAGACUGAGAGUUAUACAAAACAAGCUGUAGAGCCUUCAAAAUCAGUUGAAACUGAAAUCAGAG